UUUUAGCGUAUCGGGUCGAGCUUACUUUGAGGAACAGACUGGACAAUUUUCGCGUUUGAAGGACUGAAGUGGAGAUUUGGUGACUUUGGAGUGGACAUAUAGGAGUAGGACCACCGUCAGACCAACGUUUUAUCGACCGCAAAACAACAGAACAGAUAGCCAAGGGCGUUUGGACCAGCAGAAAGUAUGCGAACUUCUCUGUUCGCAUUUGGAACUGUCGGCUACUUCAUGUGUGUUUUGCGUUUAAUGUUCGUUACGCGGAUAAACUGUGGAGGAAAACUUAAACUUGAUUGAUUUGUAUUUAUUUUGAAAAGUCACCAUGUUGGGGGAUGAGGGGAUCUAUGCGGCGAAGAAGAGGAAGAAACCCGUCCAGAAAAGUCUGAAGCCUGCUCCAGGGGACGGUGUGGUGAUGACCAACCCGUCUAAACGUCACCGGGACCGUCUGAACGGGGAGCUGGACCGGCUGACUGGCCUUCUGCCCUUCUCCCAAGAGGUCAGGGGUCGGCUGGACAAACUGUCCGUCCUCCGGCUCAGUGUGGGAUACCUCAAGGUCAAGAGCUUCUUCCAUGCGACCCUGCAGAAGAAGAGUGAGUGUCCGGCCGCCCUCGUCAGUGGGAACGGGAGGAACGGAUGGACAUCCACUUCUAUAGACGGAGUCAGCCUCUCAGAGGGAAACCUACUGCUGCAGGCCCUGGAUGGUUUUGUCCUGGUGGUGACCACUGAUGGCUCCAUCUUCUACGCCUCUCCAACCAUCCAGGACUACCUGGGCUUCCACCAGUCUGAUGUGGUGCACCAGAGUGUGUACCACCUGAUCCACAUAGAUGACAGAGCCAUGUUCCGGUGUCAGCUUCACGUCGCCCACAACCCAAACCAGAAUGACUCAGAGGCCGCACCAGACGCCAGGCAAUCUAGCAGCAGGCCUCGUGGUGAGUCUAUGAGCUACCUGCCCCAGCACAUCCCUCCAGACAACAGCUUCUUCGUAGAGAGAAGCUUCUGCUGUCGCUUCCGCUGUCUGCUAGACAACACCUCCGGCUUCCUGGCGUUGAAGUUCCAGGGGCGUCUGAAGUAUGUGUGUGGUCAGGGGAGGCUGGGGGAUGACGGGGCCACGACCCCGGCUCAGCUGGCCCUCCUUGCCAUCGCUGCGCCCCUGCAGCCCCCGGCUGUCAUGGAGAUCAGGACCAAGACUCUCAUCUUCCAGACCAAACACAGACUGGACUUCGCCCCCAUGGGUAUAGACACCAGAGGUAAAGUGGUGCUGGGUUACUCUGAGACAGAGUUGGUCACUAGAGGCUCAGGUUACCAGUUCAUCCAUGCUGCUGACAUGAUGUACUGCGCAGACAACCACCUCAAAAUGAUAAAAACAGGAGAGACUGGUUUCACCAUUUUUAGGCUGCUGACUAAGGCAGGUGUGUGGGUGUGGGUUCAGGCCAACGCCAGGGUCGUCUUCAAGGCAGGGAGACCCCACUUCAUCGUCGUUCGACAGAAAGCCCUGACGAACCAGGAGGGCGAGGAGCACCUGCGUCAGCGGAGAAAAGAGCUUCCAUUCAACUUUGCCACUGGGGAGGCUCUGCUGUAUGAGUCCUGUUCCUCUCUGGAUACUGCCGUUAUGCCUCCAGGACCACCCAUCCCCCCAGGCCUCACUCCCCCAGGCUCCAGCCCUGAGGACAAGCACCUGGACCCUGCCUCUCUCCUGGGGUCCCUACUCUGUCAAGACCACUCUGUUUACACUCAGUCCCAGGACCCUAGCCUGGACCUCCAGGACCUUUCCCCGGACUUAGACCUAGCCUUCCCCCAGGACCAGGACCCAGGCCUAGAGAGAGCCUUCCUGGACAGCCACGCUCUGCUGAGUGUCCCCGGGGAGCUCCAGGGUCCCCAUAGGCCCAGCUUGGUAGACCCCACAGCCCAAACCAUGAUGGACUCUCUGGGGGAGAUCCUGGGGAAGAUGGGGGCGGAGGGCCUGGAGGGGCUGAGGUUGAAGGAGACAGAGCUGAGGGAGUGGGAGAGCACCCUCUUCAGGAUCAACAUGGAACAGCAGGAUGUGACGGGGAAGCUGGAUGAUAUCUUAGCCAAUGAUGUGUUCUCGUACGUGGAGGAGGCUCUGAUGAGGGAGAAUGAUGGUGGAUGUGUGAUAGGCAGCUUGAGACAGGCCACUGAGCCAAUAAACAGACUCCCUGCUCACAACACUGCCAAUCCGAACGCACUGGGCGUGUUCCCUCACUCCCAGAGUUCCUUAUUGCCAGGCAACAAGGGCUUCAAUGGCGGUAACGGCUCACACAGUGAGAACCGAUGGCAGAUGGGUGGUCCACACAUGACCUCUAAACUCAACAGCUAUAAAGAGCAGAGGCUGCUGGGUAAUGGAGUUGUUAGUGGCAUGGAGCACGGGGUGGGGUGUAGUCCUGGGAUUGUUAGAGAGCCACGCAGUGUUGUAAACACAAACAUACAACCCAAGGCUGCUCACCCGUUUGCAGGGCAACGGACUCAAGGAAGUGGCGGCUAUCUCCAUGGCAACCAAACGGUCUCACAACCAUCCCAUAUUAACAGCCAACCGGAGUCCUGGAUACCCUCCAUCCAAAAUAUUAUCCUUAAUAACCACAGCCCUGUUCCUCUCCCAAACUUCUACAAUAUUCUCCCUGAGGCCUUUGACCAAACCGUGCAGCCCAGCCUGGAGUUAUACCACUCUGGGACUGGAGAUGCAAAAAGGCAGUUCUCAGGGCAGCCCUGUCCGGGUCCUUCAUAUCAGGACCCAAGGCAGUCUUGGCAACAGCCACGGCAAAGUACACAAUGGCAACCUUGGCAGAUACCACAGUGUUUUCCAGCAAAGCCAGUAAAUGGACUCCGUCACACACACCCCAAACACACCACACACAUACCGUCCAAAAACGCAUCCAGAACUCAAACACUCACACACAUACCGUCCAAUAACGCAUCCAGAACUCAAACACUCACACACAUACCGUCCAAUAACGCAUCCAGAACUCAAACACUCACACACACACCCUCAGGCAAAUGUAUGUUUGAAAAAAGGCCUUCAAAUAUCAGUGGCCUUACACCUGCCCAAAACAGGUCACACAGUCCCAUACCUGCCCCAACUCAGUCCAAUGGACCCAGGCCCACUCCCAUUCUUUCCAAUGACUGUAGAAUCAGCUUCUCUACCCAGGCCCCCAAAUUCUUUGUGCCUUACCCUGAAGCAUCUCUAAUCCCAAAACCUUCUUACCCCCAAACCUCCAUUCCUAACCCAACCUACCCCACAGCUGCCAUCCCUAACCCCAUCCCUGCCCUAUCCAAAGGGGCUCAGCCAGGGGAGGGGAUGGCAGCUCUCCCUGCCUGGUCUGGGGCUCCAUACCUGGGCAUGAAGCAUCUCCCAGGCCCCUUUCCCAGCCCCCAGCUGGUUCCCUGGAGCUCCAGGGGGGAUGGCAGCUGUAAUAAUCCCAGUGAAGGGAGCUUGACGCUGGGUGAGAGGGGGUUGGAAGGCAACCUUUUUUCUGGAUGUCCGAUGCCAGGGUUUCCUCCUGAGAACGGACCUGUACAGUCAUCUUUAUUCUACACAGGUCCCUAGCAGUUCCAAACGGUGAUACGGAUUCUUUUCUCUUCACUGGCCUGGCUAACAGAACCACCAACAUCUCCUAGACUCUAGAACUUAGAGGAAUAUGUUACGUUCCCCAGUCUGUGUUGUAGUUUGUGUAUUUGCAUGUGUUUAUUUCAGGAAAUGGCUUCCUGAAUUCCCUCAAGCAGCUGAUUGGUCGACUCCAUGGCUAAUUGGAGAGCUGACCCCGCCCCCUCGUCAAGACACAGCUGUCUCCAGUUACACAUUCAUUCUGAAGCUAUAUAAAAGCCAGUGUUCUGUUCAGGAGGUUCAUGGCUGGGAGGUCAUUGCAGAGAGAUUGAAUGUGAUAGAGAAUCAUUGCUGAGAGAGGAGGCUGAUGGCUGUGGAUAAUUUACUAUGUUAGUUGUUAGUAGCAGUUGGUAUGUUCAGUGAGUUUGUUGCUCAGAUAGAGCUUAUUUGAUGUCCUUUGUUUCUUAGUUUGUUUGAGAAAUUUAUGUUCUCCUGUUUCAUUUGUUCCCAGGGGGGAAGGGAAAGGCACCUAGGGAGUGCUUAGGCAAGAGGCCCGCGGGCAUACAUAUACCCGUAGCAUAUUCACUGUCUCGGCACAAUAGGUAAGACCUGGGCGGACCACCCCCUGUAUUUUGGUUAGGGCACCAGGUGGUGCUAAAUUAGGUAAGUAUUGGUUAGGCAGGUAAGAUAGGAGAGGGGGGGCUUUGAGAUUUACUUUCUUUGCUUUGGUUCCGUCCAGCCCCUUUUCCCCAUAUUACCAUGUAAAGGAAUAAAGUCCUUGUAAACGGUA